UCGCCCUGUACACGUCGAUCGCGACGACUGCAGCUCCAGCCAGCUUCCACCUCAAUCUCAACAUCACGACAACUUCAAUCGGAUCACCAAACAAGUUGAUACAAACAUGGAUCAACAAAACACAAAUCCACUUCUCCCACCAUCAGAGGUAUCACCUCUUGAGCAGGAGAUACUGGAUGAGUACGAACGUCUGGCCGAGAACAUGAAGACGCUUGCCUCCACGCUCGACCACCUAGCCAGCGCACCGCCGAUCGAGAUCCUCGACGGCCUGCGCGACCUAGAGCGCAAGACCAGCCUCGUCUUCACUCUACUCAAGGCGAGCGUCUACAGCAUAGUGCUGCAGCAGGAGAUGGAGUGGGGCGACCAGGGCGGUGCCGGCGGCGCCGCUGGAGAGUAUGAUGACGAUGAGAGCAGCGAUGGUGGGCGAUGAAAGUAAGGAAAACCAGCGCGGAAGGGGCACCACUGAUCCGGAACAGAGAGGGGGAAAGAAGUCACUGGCCGUUUUAUUCUCCAAAUGGAGGGGGACACAAGCCAUCUCCGAGCUGUCGAUAGUCGGGUUUACGGCUGAAUUUGUGGCAUCGCUCCCAAAGACGGGGACCCCAAGUCUAUUGCAGGCCUCGCGGCUGACCUGGUGCCUUGUCUGGCAUAGGUCAAGCUAUCAUGGCCUUCACUUUAUGGCAGGGUGGUGAUACCGGUCUUGCCAGCGAAGACCGGCGCUUCAAAAGCAUGCCAUGAGCAAGAGCGGGUGUUGUUGAGUCGAGGAGUGCGAAUCUGGGCUGGGCCACGAGCUUGCUCAAGGGCAACAUGGGUCGGUUGAUGGAGACGCGUGCUGAUUCACGUAUGACACAACGGCCAUCGAGUCCAACCUCGGACUAUCCGUCUAAAAGGGUCUUCAAACUAUAUGCGUAGGAUUACAGAGCAGGAGAGAGAUGUUACAAGAAUAACACAGGAAGUACAGGAAGUUUUAUGUACAUGGAGAUGGUGUGAUAGAAACAAAAUCUUUAGAUCACAUGACCGCCGUAGUAAACCUUCC